AUGGCUUCAGCUAAGUCUCACAAAGGCAUGAGUAAUGCUGAAUGGCUUGCGCGUCUGGAGAUUUUUGCCCAAACAGGAGUUUGGCCAUCUACACAGGGGAAUAGACCUUCUCCCCGACAAAAACGAUGGCAUGAGAUGUAUCAGAAGAUAGAAAAGUGCCCUCUGCAAAUGAGGGGACAGACCACUCUUCUGAAGGAAGCUCAGACAUGUAUUUGUGGCUUUCACAAGGUUCAUCCACCAGUCACAGGGGAAGCAUCACAGAGCACCCCGGCCCAAAGCACACCCUCUGUCAGCGAUGUGUCAUGUCCUGCAAAGAGACCUAAACUGACAUUGUCAAUGUUUGAAAAGUCAAGGUUUGGAGGCUCACAUGUGGCAGCAGCAAAACCUAAUUUGAGCACCCAGAGGAAAACCUCUCAGAUGUUAGAGCACUCCAGUUCAGCUACAGUUUCAUGUCCACCCUCUGAUCCUCAUCCUCCUCCAUCCCCCAAACCUCAUCAGCCCGUCAUCCAGUCCUCCUCUUCCUUCUUCCUUCCUCCACCUCAGAGUUCACAACGCAUCAAAAAAACAGCAACGCCAUCAACUGUUUCUGAGAAUACUGUUGUGAGGAGCCCACAGGUCUCAUCUCAGCCAGAAGAUCUCCCCCUUCUGUGGCCACAGACAAUGCCACAGCAAGACCAGAAGUGGGUGUCAGAAGCACUUUUUAGGGUUGGUGCAAAGGGAAAGCUGGAGCUGCGUGAAAACCUACAGUUGUGGUAUCACCCCCCACCACCAGCCCUGUUGUACCACCAAGCUCCAACACCUGAUAGGUUUUUUUCACAGCGUCUCUUGCUCUGGAUGCCAUAUAAGCUGUGGAAGGUGCGGCUCCAGUGUACUAACCCUGCCUGUGCCAGGCAACAGCUGUGUGGUGGUGGACUGCACAGGAGGGUACGACAGGUGUUAGACAUUGACAGAUACUACAACCUGGUGACAGAGACCCUGAUCUGCACCAGGUGUAGAACCAGCUAUCUGUCCUGGAGUCAAGCUGUGCUGCAGCAGUUGGACCUGGCCCAUCGAUCUGAAUUCAGGGUCAUCCUCACACGCAAGUAUGCCUGUGACAUUCGGGUUCUUCGCUUGCUGCGUGAGAGGGGCAUGGGGAAUGGCCCAGUGAGGAUCAUCGGCCAGCUGAGAGAGAACCACAGUGAGGAGUGGUUGAAACGUGCGCUUCGGUACACAUCAGAGUGUGUGGCCUUUUUUGAUAAUCGUGGCCUGCAUCCGCUGCACUUCCAGGAGCCACCACCACUUGCUUCAGUACCCAGCUACAAAUGGCUCCUCACUGUAUAUAGUCAGGACAUUCUCAACAGGCUCGAUCACAUAAAGGCCAGCAUAACAUCCACGUAUGGAUCAAUCUUAAAAAUGGAUUCAACUAAGAAGAUCACCAAGAAGUUGAGCGGGCCUGCGAAAGGCACAGCACAGUGGCUUACCUCAGUGGGCAAUGAGAUAGGUCAGGUGCUGAUGAGUGUCCUGACUGCGAAUGAAGGGGCUGGGUUAGACCUCAUGGCUGCAGGGCUCAUGGAGCGAUACCGGAGUGCUGGUGUUGAUCCUCCCACUAUCAUUUAUGUGGACUGUGAUUGUUGCAAGAAAGUGGGAGAGACUAAAUUGAAGAGGCGGUUCAGCGGCUGGCCAGAUGUCAUCGUCCGCCUAGACAUUUGGCAUUUUAUGCGAAGUCUGGCAGUAGGGUGCACCACUGACGCCCACCAGUUGUACCCUACUUUUAUGGCAAGGCUGUCAUCCUGUAUUUUUGAGUGGGAUGCAGGGGAUCUCACUCUGCUGAGACAGGCCAAAAGGGAGCAACUCAUCCAACAGGGCUGGCCUACUCUGUCGGAGGCAGAACUGGACCAUCAUUUAACUAAAGCUGAGCUGCUCCAGCACUGCAGGAGGAGAACACGGGGAGAAGAAACCACUUUCCGCCUCCUUGAUAUGCUCAUCAGAGAGCUCAUGGGUGGCAAGGGGAAUGAUGCUCUUGGUGUUCCUCUACUUGACAGUGUGAGAAUGCAGCACAUCUGGAAUGUCCAGAGGCGGCACAUCACCUGUAUCCAAGACCCUCCAAAUGUGCCGCUCUAUACUGAAACUGGAACUACAAGCAAGGGUGGGGUGGUUCUAAAAACUUAUCGUUGUGCCAGAGGCUCCACAUCCCUGGAAUCAUUUCACUGCCACCUAAACAGAUUUAUUCCAGGGAACAGCGCAAACAGCCUGAACUUCCAGAUUUAUCUCCUGGAAGGUUUAUUACGCUGGAAUCAGGACCGGGCUGAAGCUGCUGUUGCAGAUGGAGGUUCAACUCUGCGCUCUUACACAGGGGAGCUGGUUUACUCUGUCAAUGAGAACUACAAUAAGUUGUAUGGCAGGAAAUUGGUCCCUAGCUUCACUCCACCUGCAGUAUACACAGGGGAGCUCAUUGGAGUACAGUACUUGUUGAGGCAGAAUAGUCAGCCCCUGGAGGACAUGUGCCCUACCUCUGAUAGGACCUCUCAAUUGCUGGAGGAGAUAGAUGUGGAGGAGCAAGUGGAAAAGGAUGAGGGUUUCAUUGAUUUCUUUGGAGAGGAAGCCACAGUGGCAAAUCUUGUGGCAUCAGAUGACUUAGUCCUUUCAGGUCCACCAGUUCUACCAGCUGCACCAGUUCCCAGUGUCCAGGCUCCUACAGCUGCACCACUGCCCAGUGUCAAAAUUCCACCACUGCCCAUUGUCCAGACUCCACCACUGCCCAGUGUCCAGACUCCACCAUUGCCCAGUGUCCAGACUCCACCACUGCCCAGUGUCCAGACUCCACCACUGCCCAGUGUCCAGACUCCACCAUUGCCCAGUGUCCAGACUCCACCACUGCCCAGUGUCCAGACUCCACCACUGCCCAGUGUCCAGACUCCACCACUGCCCAGUGUCCAGGCUCCACCACUGCUCAGAGUCCGGGCUCCUUCAACUGCACCAGUGCCCAGUGUAGCUGCAUCACUGCUCAGUGUCCAGGCUCCACCAUUGUUCAGAGUCCGGGCUCCUUCAGCUGCACCAGUGCCCAGUGUCCAGGCUCCACCACUGCUCAGAGUCCGGGCUCCUUCAGCUGCACCAGUGCCCAGUGUAGCUGCACCACUGCCCAGUGUCCAGACUCCACCACUGCCCAGUGUCCAGGCUCCACCACUGCUCAGAGUCCGGGCUCCUUCAGCUGCACCAGUGCCCAGUGUAGCUGCACCACUGCCCAGUGUCCAGACUCCACCACUGCCCAGUGUCCAGACUCCACCACUGCCCAGUGUCCAGGCUCCACCACUGCUCAGAGUCCGGGCUCCUUCAGCUGCACCAGUGCCCAGUGUAGCUGCACCACUGCCCAGUGUCCAGACUCCACCACUGCCCAGUGUCCAGGCUCCACCACUGCUCAGAGUCCGGGCUCCUUCAGCUGCACCAGUGCCCAGUGUAGCUGCACCACUGCCCAGUGUCCAGACUCCACCACUGCCCAGUGUCCAGGCUCCACCACUGCUCAGAGUCCGGGCUCCUUCAGCUGCACCAGUGCCCAGUGUAGCUGCACCACUGCCCAGUGUCCAGACUCCACCACUGCCCAGUGUCCAGGCUCCACCACUGCUCAGAGUCCGGGCUCCUUCAGCUGCACCAGUACCCAGUGUCCAGGAUCCUUUAGAUACACCAGUGCCCUCAGCAAUGGUAAAAUUUCCUUUUCUAUACGAAUUGUCACUCAUUUAG